CGUGGACACGCCGUGUGUAGGCAGUACGCAGGCGCGGGCCCCGAUGCGGUAACGGCGGUUGGAGAGGCCGGGACCCCGGGCGGCGACCAUGACCCAGCAGGGCGCGGCGCUGCAGAACUACAACAACGAGCUGGUCAAAUGCAUCGAGGAGCUGUGUCAGAAGCGGGAAGAGUUGUGCCGGCAGAUCCAGCAGGAAGAGGAGGAGAAGCAGCGGCUGCAGAAUGAGGUGAGGCAGCUGACAGAGAAGCUGGCCCGAGUCAACGAGAACCUGGCUCGCAAGAUAGCCUCUCGGAAUGAGUUCGAUCGGACCAUCGCGGAGACGGAGGCUGCCUACCUCAAGAUCUUGGAGAGCUCGCAGACUCUGCUUAGUGUCCUGAAGAGGGAAGCGGGGAACCUGACCAAGGCCGCAGCCCCCGAGCAGAGGAGCAGCGGAGGCAAGGACAGCUGACGAGGCCACAGGCGGAGGGCCUGCCUCCACUGCGCCCCCUCUACGGCUCAGUCCCCGGCAAGUCUGUCUUCAAAGCAUCUUUAUCCUUCACGGCAGCAGCUUUUUCCUCUUGUUGUCUUUGGUGCCGAGAGAGGCAACCGCCAACCUUCACUGGCUCUGGGUGACAGGAAAGACCUGAGCGUAGCCCACCAGGUGGGGUUCCUGGCUCUGAGCUCACGCAGGCGCUGGGGAGGGCAGCUCUACUCAGGGUCCCACUGAGGCCUCCACACCAGCCUGGGGCUGCGGGCAAGGCCCGCCUCUGGUCUCAGCACCUUGGGAGUCCUGUCACCCCUCCCUCGCCCCGCAGGUGCCCAGGCAAGUGGGGCAGGGGCUGGGCCCCUGUUUCACCUCAGAGCUUGCCUGGGGCCUGUGACUGUCAGUAAAGACUGUUUUUGUAAAGA